AAAACAAUUUUGCGCGUCCACCUUCUUUUGGGAGGCAUGGCGUACUAACAACUCACAGUCCCUUUUAAAUUCCCCGCCGGCGCCCCAACUGGCCACCGUUCUCCAACUCAGUCGCCUGCAUUUGUUUCUGCGAGAAGGCAUGCUGUGCGAAAGGGCUUAAUUAAAGAUUGAAGCUCAGGUUGAAGGGGUGGAAUUUUGUCAGUAUGGGAGAUUUGUCCAGGGAGGAUGCCAGAAAUACACUCCGGAUACUAGUUGCUACGGACUGCCAUCUGGGCUAUAUGGAGAAGGAUGAAAUACGUCGGCAUGAUUCAUUCCAAGCAUUUGAGGAAAUUUGCUCAAUAGCAGAGCAGAAACAGGUGGAUUUUUUACUUCUUGGUGGUGAUCUUUUCCAUGAGAAUAAGCCUUCAAGGUCAACAUUAGUCAAGGCCAUUGAGAUUCUCCGUCGUUAUUGCCUUAAUGAUCAACCAGUGCAGUUCCAAGUUGUCAGCGACCAGACUGUGAACUUCGCAAACUCAUUUGGUCAUGUAAAUUAUGAGGACCUUCACUUUAAUGUUGGUUUGCCAGUGUUCAGUAUACACGGAAACCAUGAUGACCCUGCUGGAGUGGACAACCUUUCAGCAGUCGAUAUACUUUCAGCAUGCAAUCUUGUGAAUUAUUUUGGGAAAAUGGUACUUGGAGGUUCUGGUGUUGGUCAGAUCACUCUUUAUCCCAUCCUUAUCCGAAAGGGUUCGACGGCUGUGGCUUUAUAUGGCCUUGGGAAUAUUAGAGAUGAGCGGCUAAAUAGAAUGUUUCAGACACCACAUGCUGUACAAUGGAUGCGUCCUGAAGCUCAAGAAGGGUGCCUAGUGUCAGACUGGUUCAACAUUCUAGUACUGCAUCAGAACAGAAUAAAGACAAAUCCUAAAAAUGCAAUAAAUGAGCACUUUUUGCCUAGAUUCCUUGACUUUAUAGUGUGGGGACAUGAGCAUGAAUGUCUUGUUGACCCUCAGGAAGUUCCAGGUAUGGGUUUCCACAUCACUCAGCCCGGUUCUUCUGUGGCAACAUCACUGAUUGACGGAGAAUCAAAGCCGAAGCAUGUGCUUCUUUUGGAAAUUAAGGGAAAUCAGUACCGCCCAACCAAGAUACCUUUAAAGUCAGUGAGGCCUUUUGAGUAUACUGAGGUCAUAUUAAAAGAUGUUGCUGAUAUUGAUUCUAAUGACCAAAACUCUAUUCUUGAAUAUUUGGACAAAGUGGUCAGAAAUAUGAUAGACAAAUCUAGUGAAAAGGUGGUAAACAGAUCAGAACUCAAACUUCCACUAGUUCGGAUAAAGGUGGACUACUCUGGAUUUAUGACAAUAAAUCCUCAAAGGUUCGGACAGAAGUAUGUGGGGAAGGUUGCAAAUCCUCAAGACAUUCUUAUAUUCUCAAAAGCUUCAAGAAAGGGUCGCAAUGAAGCUAAAUUUGAUGAUUCUGAACGACUUUGCCCAGAAGAAUUAAAUCAACAAAACAUAGAAGCUUUAGUUGCUGAGAAUAAUCUGAAAAUGGAAAUCCUUCCAGUUGGUGACUUGGAUGUUGCAUUGCACAACUUUGUUAGCAAGGAUGACAAAAUGGCUUUUUAUUCUUGUGUGCAAUACAAUCUUGAAGAAACAUGCAACAAAAUUUCUCGGGGUUCAGAUACUCAGAAAUUUGAAGAGGAAGAUUUAAUUCUUAAAGUUGGGGAGACCCUGCAGGAACGUGUCAAGGAAAGGGCAGUCCACUCUAAAGAAAAUUCGCAGGUCAUGUCCAAUGUGCAGUCCAUGGAGGAUAUGAGAAGCAAAAGCACUACAGGAAUUGGGAAUGCAGUUUCAUUUAGUGACGAUGAAGACACAACCCAGAUAUCCAAGGCCACUAGAGGCAGAAAAGGGGUGUCAGCAACUUCAAAGUCUUCUCGUGGUGCUUCAGAAGUUGGUAAAACUUCCACGCGAGGAAGGGGUAGGGGUCGUGGCAGGGGUGCCCGCAGCUUGAAACAGACAACUCUCGAGGCAACUCUAGGUUUUCGCCAUUCUUCCAGAUCUGCAUCAGUUGCUGCAAGAGCUGCGGUCCAAAGUAUGGCUGAUGGUGAGGAUAGCGUGGAUUCUGCUUCUAGUGAUGAAGCAGGAAAAUAUGAAACUAAUGAGGUCAAUGACAGUUCGGAAAAUGAUGAAAAUCCCCAAGGUGUAGGACGGAAAAGAGCUGCUCCACGAGGAAGGGGUAGAGGGUCUGUGUCAUCCUCUAAGCGUGGAAGGAAAUCAGAGAACUCUUCUAUUCAAAGAUUGCUCAUGAGCAAAGAUGACGAGGAUGAUGAUGAGGAUGACAUGCGAAAAAGAUUAAAUAAGUCUCAACCUCGGGUAACAAAGAAUUAUGGUGCUCUGAGGAGGUAGCUACAAAGAAUUAUGGUGUUCCGUUUGUCUUUUCAAAUAUUAUGCUGAUUGGCCCACUUCUUUGUAUGGGUUCCUUGUGCAUAACGUUCCAUGUUCAGGAUGGAAGAAUGUUUAAGUGAUGCAUUUUGUUAACGUUUUCAUCCAUUCUCGAAGAUAUAUAAUGAAGUGAUAGAUGAAAUGUAUAUUCUGUGCUCUGAGAUUGUUCAUUUCUA